GCAAACAAGGACUAAGUGGAAAGCAAAAGGAUCACGAUGAAUCAACAUGGCUGUCACUCCUACAGCAGCAUCUUCAUAAACUCACUGCAGAAUAACGACUUAAAUGACACUAGCUUGGGAGAAGAAAGUAGAGAGUGGGCGACGACGCGUGUGCCUUUGAGUGGAGGGAACACGCCUUUGACUUAUCCAUACUCGAAUACUAAAGUACCAGUACAUGGGGAAUACCAGUGGAGAGACUCAAGGCCUCAGGGAUCAACGCUCGAGCCUCAAUCCACAUGGUCUUUAGUGCAUCAACAUGAAACUUCGAAUCUCGAAACUCUUUCGCACGAAGAUGCUGCCGAGAAACCAACUGGCAACCCACGAAGUGCGGUUUGCUUGUCAACGGAGUACGAAAGGAAAUCAGACAAAGAUGAUACUUCAAGUCAUAGUAGUGCUAAGUCAAGACAGUCUUGGAGAUCGGCCUGUGUUCGCUCAAGAGCAAGAACAGCUUACACAACAGCACAACAACUUGAACUAGAAAAAGAAUUCCUUUACAGUCGCUAUCUGACUGCUACAAGACGAAUGGAGCUAGCAAACUCUUUGGGACUCUCGGAAAAACACUUGAAAAUAUGGUUCCAGAAUCGACGAAUGAAACUGAAGAAGAGCCAUGAGACAGGUUUUGAUGGUAAAAAGACUAGUACAAGUGAAAUACGUAAGAUGUAUAGUAUUAUAGAUGACGAUUGAUUUGUAAACUCACUUGGGAAUUUUCUGAUACAAUAGUGGAUUUAUGCGUCUGCUGAAUAACGAGGGAAUAUUUUCAAAUAUUUUACCAAAAGUAUUGAAGAAUUAUCGAAAUGUGUGUAAAAACGACCAAAAAAAAAAAAAAAA